UCUUCCUCCAUUCUCCAUUCCCAAAGGCAAAAUGAGAUCCAAAACCCAAAACUCCAUUAUUAAUCCCAAGCUCAUAACCAUAGUCUUUUCAUUCCUAUUCAUAGCAGUAAUGGUUCUUCUAAGAACUUCAUCACACCAUUCCAGUCCCAUCAUCACAACAAGCACUGCAGAAUGCACCAAAAUCUCACCAUCCCUAGCGGAUGCACUGGUCCACUAUGCCACCACCAACAUCACCCCACAACAAACCCUAAAAGAAAUCUCAGUUUCCCUUAGGAUCUUGGAGAAGAAAUCCCCAUGCAACUUCUUGGUGUUCGGCCUCGGCCACGACAGUCUGAUGUGGUCGGCCCUCAACCACGGGGGCCGGACCGUGUUCCUGGAAGAGGACAAGUCUUGGAUUGAUCAGAUCAGGAGGCGGGUGCCCUCCUUGGAAUCAUACCACGUCCAGUACGAUUCCAAGGUGUCCCGGGCCGACGAGCUGAUGGGAAUCGGAAUGGGAAUGGAGUGCAGGAAAGUGGUGGACCCACGCGUUUCGAAAUGCGGGCUAGCCCUAAAGACCCUGCCGGACGAGGUGUAUGAGGUUGAUUGGGAUGUGAUCAUGGUGGACGCCCCGACCGGGUACCGUGAUGAAGCCCCGGGGAGAAUGAAUGCCAUUUACACUGCUGGAUUGAUGGCUAGGAAUAGGGAAAAUGGGGAUAGUGAUGUGUUAGUGCAUGAUGUAGAUAGGGUUGUGGAAGAUAAGUUCUCCAAGGCUUUCUUGUGUGAAGGGUAUUUUGUUGAAGAAGAAGGAAGGAUUAGGCAUUUUAAUGUUCCCAGCCAUAGAACUAGCUUGGGCAGACCUUUCUGUCCAUAGAUUCUAAG